CUACCCAUAGUUCAGUUCGGUCAACGUCACGAGCAGAGUAGGCGAAGGAGGAACGGAGGUUGAGGUUGAGGCUAGCUCACUCGCUCCUGCAGGUAUCGCGAUUGGCAAUUGUCUUUUCUAUGGAUCGGAGACAAGACGACCUAUCCCCUCGCCGUCGUCGAUCCGUAAUACCAGUAUACCAUACCAUCAUCAUCAAGCUCGGAUCGUAGCAAUGGCCGCGUACUAAAUGAGCGAGCGAUCAGCAAAGCCUGGGUAUUAUCGCCUGAGAAUACAAAGAAGUAGAAAAAUACACGUCGUCGUCGUCGUCGUUGUCGUUGUCGUCUCAGUUCUCGCCAAUCUCGCCCCGGCGUAGAUUCGCUGCCAGUUGCGACACGGGGUCGGUUCUCGGCUGUCCCUCCGAUCAGCCAGCGAGCGAUAAACAUUGCGACGUUAUACGCGAAACCACUCUCCACUCGAUAAGGGGGAAGAAUACACAAUCAGCGAGCCAUGAGCGAGGACAGGAGCGACGAGGAUCCCAUAAUGGAUCUCUGGUACACGAAUUGGGAACAACAAUGCGUCGAGGCUAUCGAGGCCGAGCCAGACUACGAAGGGCAGCUCCACACUUCUAAGGAAUUGUACUCGCACCAGAUAUGGACGGGGUUUCAGACCACAGCCUCAGCCAUAGCCCAGCUGUACAAAGAUCGGACACAGGGUGCAUCUUUGUGGAUUCCCUUUCAGACCGCAGCUGGAACUGUCACAUCUCUUUACAAAGACUCUGUUGAGGGAAUGCGAAGAUGCAGCGACAUCGGCGCCGAAAUGGGCAGGCAGAAACGUAGCAAAGAAAUAAUGAAUUGGGCACGAAAAAAGCGACGCACCAUCAGGAGGGAGGAUCUUCUCGCUUAUCUCGCUGGUAAACCUCCACCGCCACGGCCCCAUUCGCACAGAAGUUCGCCAAAGCCCCGCAUGAUGGUUUGCGGUUCUCCGCCAUCGCAGAGUCCUGCACCUAGUAUGGUAGUGUCGCCAGCACCAACAUCUGGAAAUGACGGAGACCCAGAACUUCACACGUUUAGAGAAGCUAUCGCUUUAUCUGGUUCUCCAAUAUCUCGCCGCGCCGGUAGACAAGCGGAAUUGUCAGCCUUUAUAAGCAGCGAAUUUGCCCGGCAUCAUAAACGGCCGGCUUCGCAUGAUGUGGAUAUGGGAUCGCCAACGCACAAACGUUCACGUUUUAUGUAACGGCGUCGUGCAAAGUAGACCCCCCCCCCCCCCCCCCCCCCCCGCCUUUCCCCUCGCUCCUUACGAUUCCCUGUUAAUUAACAAUAAGUCAUUUAUUGAUUGAUUAAUUGUUCAGCCCUCCGAAAACACACACGACACACACACACACACACACUUACGCUAACCGAAGACAUAUACGAUUCCCGGCUAGGUGUAAUUAUUUCAUAAUCAAAUUUACAAAGAUUUUAUACAAGAAAAUUAGGACAAAGUACGAAUAAGUUACCGCAACGCGAUCCGGCGCGACAACAUCUACAGAGAUCCGUUUAGAAAACUGAUAUGUGUAUAUCGUCGGUUGUUCUCCGCCAGCAUAUUUCUUGGAAACCGAGAAGAAAGACUAUUUUUUAGUUUUCGUUUUUACAUUUAUUUAUUCAAAGUAUUGAAUUAUAAUCCACUUUGCUCUCAGAUCGUAGACAAUGAGGAAAUGAUCAACAACCAAAAACGAAUCUCUCUCUCUUUUUUUUUUUUUUUUUUGACCAAGCGUCGUUUGCUGUAAUAUUGUCAACCGAAUAGUCAUUUGAGAACAUAUUUAUGUAAUAUACACACUUUUUCUCUUCUCACCUUUGUUAAUCACAGAUACGUGCCUACGCGGAGAAUUCUGACUCGUGUAAGUUUGUUAAACAAUUAAUUGAUAAUAAUAAUAUAAUACCUAUACGCAUUUCUAAUCUUGUAUGCAAAAAUAUACUUUUACGCAUGUGUAUAAAAUCUUUGAAUCUUUACGCUUUAAAGCGGCGCAAAUACUAAUAUUUUAUAUACGCGUUUGACAAACUUAAAAAUUGCGUUAUUGCAUUCGCGUGAAUGAUUUAUUUUUUUUGUUUCGAUUGAUAUAGUAUAUAUGUAUAUGUGUAUAUAUACAC